AAACACCAUCCACGUCAUGGAAGAAGGAACUCGUACUUCAAUGAUUUCCACUUUCUUGCCACCCUCCACAAGAACAGAACGACAGCAGGAGAUAUUGAAAGCCAUAUAACUGCCACUCUUGAGCAAAUUCGCACCCACAUUCAGAUGGCGUGGACUCUGAAUGAUCAAUGGACACAUCAUCUCCUGACGACAACUGGAGCAACAUUCACAGCAGGAGAACUGGUUGUGUCUACUUCACGCAUGUGGAAAACGGCCACAUACGCUAAAGAGAAGCUCCUGAGCCUGGCGCAGAGAUUCAUGCUAUUUGACUCGAUAUAUCAAAUGAUGGCCAAUGACGGAAGGAUCCCGGCAAGAAGAAGAACUACUUGGGUUCAGAACAAAGAGCACGAUACGAAAACAUGGGCUACACGAGUUCACCAGCAUCUGGAACGCUUGGACCGCAAUAUCUCCGACAUCGAAGAUGAAAUGUCACGAGCAGAAAAGCAGGUCUACGAGGAAAAAAUCCAAAAUAAAGAGCCAUUCAUAUCAGUAUUCAAUAAGACUGUUGCUUCAUUAGAGGUAAAGCUUGAUGGAAUAGCCUCAAAACUAAGAUUGAUUGAAGAAAACAAGGACGAUAAUGAUGAUGACCCGCCGGAGGCUGCUGAACGCAGAAGCCUUCAUGAGAGCGAAGAGCAAGAACGAAAUAGGCGUGAGCAAGCCCAAUACGAGGAAGAGCAACUUCGCAGAGGAAAACCGUCAAAAAUAUGUUUUCAUUCGAAGCGAGAUCGACGAGAUGCUGCAGUAUAA